AUGACGACGCAGUGUGCGGCAGCAGUCAGAAGAGAACCAUGGGAGCAGUGCGGCACCGCCGUGAGGGCGGCGGGCAUCGCGGACGCCGCAAUGCCGUGCGCCAUCGACCAUUCUCCGCAAACCGCGCUCAGACCGUCGACAGACACUCCGACUGACGCCCUUCUCGCCGGCGACCGCUUGCUGCCGUUCGCGACGGCGCCGCUGGAGGCGGAAUACGCGGUGGCGCAGGAGGAGAUGGGGCGCGGGGAGUUCGGCGUGGUGCGCGCGUGCAUGGCGCGCCGCAGCGGGCAGCUGCUGGCGUGCAAUUCGGUGGAGAAGGCGCGCCUGUGCGGGGAGCGGCGCGGCGAUCUCGAGAUGGAGCUGCUGUGCAUGGCGGCGCUGCCGCCGCACCCGCACGUGGUGCGCCUCGCGAGCGUGCAUGAGGACGCGCGCCGCGUGCACCUCGUCAUGGACCUCUGCGACGGCGGCGACCUCUUCGACCUCGUCGCGCGCGCCGGCCGCCUGCCCGAGCGCUGCGCGGCGGCGGUGCUGGCGCAGGCGGCGAGCGCGGUGGCGUGGUGCCACGCGCACGGCGUGCUGCAUCUGGACGUGAAGCCCGAGAACCUCCUCCUCGCCGGUCUCUCCGCCGCGCCGCUGCUCGCGGACGCGCAGAGCGCGGAGGCGGCGCUGGCGCACGUGAGCGUGAAGCUGGCGGACUUCGGGCAGGCGGUGGCUGUGGGCGCGAGGAGCAGGGCGCGCGGGCUGGCGGGAUCAUCCCUGUACAUGGCGCCGGAGGUGGUGUGUGGGCGCGAGUAUGACAGUGCGGCGGACAUGUGGAGUGUGGGCGUGGUGUUGUAUGUGAUGCUGGCGGGGUACGUGCCCUUCUACGGCCCCGACCUGCCCCGCGUGUUCCUCGCCAUCUGCCGCGGCCACCCCGACCUCACGGGCGAGGCGUGGGAGGGCGUGUCAGACGAGGCGAAGCAGCUCGUGCGGUCGCUGCUGUCCGUGGACCCCGCUGCUCGCCCCUCUGCCUGCGACCUGCUCUCCCACCCCUGGCUUACUGCCCACGUGCCUGCAGCCGCGGCAGCAGCCAAGGCGGCGAGGGAUGCGGCGAGUGCGGCUGUGGGGGACGUGCUGGCGCCCCUGGCGUGUGUUGCCCCCUCCGGUGCUUCCACCACCUCUGUCUGCCCCUCCCUCCAUGCCGCACCAUCGUCAUCUUCUCUUCAGUCCACGGCUCACUUGGUUCCCUCCACAGUGCAGGUGGAGGCGCCGACGGGUCACUACGAGUGCAUCAAGCCGGAGGAUCAGGCGGCACGGGAGGGGCAGCAGAGGCAGAAGGGGCGCGAGGAAGGCAUGCGUGAGGCAAGCCACAAGUUGCAGGCAUCACAUGGCACGGGCAAGUCCCACGCGCACGAGGCAGCCUCUGAGGCGUCAGUGACCGCCCAGCAGCACUCGGCCCAGCGGCAGGGCGCAGAGGCGGCACAGGAGGCACGGUCGGGGCUGACAGGCAUGCUGGCGGGCCUUCGAGAAAAGAUGGGGCACGCUGGGGAGGCGCUGCUGGGGGGCCCGCACACGGGCACAGAGGAGUCCGCGCAGGCAGCGAGGGAGGGUGCAACCCACACCCGUGCCUCUGCAGGGGUGGCGGCUGGGCGGGGCUAUGAGCAGGGCAAGCAGUCGCCAGACACUGCCUCUGCUGCUGCUGCCAGGGGGGCGGGCACAGCGGCUGGCGUGGCGAGGGGUGCUGGGGAGGAGGCAGGGCGAGCAGCAAAGGAGGGCGCUGGGGCAGCAGCACGUGGGGCGGGGACGGUGGCGGGGACAGUGCAGGGGCUGGCGGAGGAGGGGGGGGCUGCGGGGAAGAGGGGCGUGGAGGGGGCAGCGAGGGGGGCAGGGACGGCUGCAGGUGUGGUGCAGGGCGCAGCAGAGGAGGCAGGCAAGGCUCCCAGGGAGGGCAGUCAGGCGGCAGCGAGGGGUGCGGGGACAGUGGCAGGGACAGUGCAGGAGUUGGGGAAGGAGGGGAAGGAGGUGGGCAAGCAGGCAGUGGGGAGUGCGGCGAGGGGGGCGGGCACUGUGGCGGGCACAGUGCAGGCGCUGGGGGAGGAGGGCAGGGAGGUGGGGAAGCAGGCCAUAGGCAGCGCUGCAAGGGGCGUGGGGGCAGUGGGAGGGACGGCACAGGCAGUGGGGGAGAUGGCGAGUGAGGCAGCGAGUGAGGGGGUGAAGAUGGGCGCAAGGGGAGCAGGGGAGGUGUAUGGGACAGUGCAGGGUGCUGCUGACGUGGGCAGCCAUGUGGCAAGCGAUGUGGGGCAGCAGGUGAAGCAAGGAGCGCAGGCAGCAGCGCAGGGAGCAGCUAGGGGGGUGGGUUCGGCAGCGGGGGUGGUGCAGGGCGCAGGAGAGGCAGCAGGGCGCGCAGCACUAGAGGGCAGGCGGGAGGUGGGGGAUGCGGUGGGGGCAGCGGGUGUGGGCACAGGCGAGGCAGCCAGGGGCGUGGUGGGGGGAGCAGCACACGCGGUGGGAACAGCAGCGUCAGCAGUGGGCGGAGGAGCAUACGACACGGUGGAGGGCGUGGGGCAGGCCAUAGGCGGGCUGGGGCUGACUGUGGCGGGGGGCGUGCAGAGCAUGCUGGGGGGGGUGGCGGGGGCAGUGGGGGGGGGAGUGCAGUCGCUGGUGGACUCUGUCAGGGGCGCUCCCCAUGCUGUGGGGGAGGCAGUGCAGGGGCACGCGCAGCAGGUGCAGGCAGAGAGGGGAUCUGGGGACAGUGGAACCGAGGGGAAGGGCGCGGAGGAUGUGAUAUCGCGGCGGGUGGAUGUGGUGGAGGGCAUGCGCAUGGGCGGGGAGGAUAUUUCAGGCAUCGUUGGUGCUGCAGGUGUGCCAGCGGGUGACAUGGAGGGUGUAGAGGGGCCGCGCGUGAUAGUGGUGACUGAGGACAAGGUGGUGCGUGAGUAG